GUUCCGGGUUGCUGUAACCAUCAUGUCCUACGUUCCUCCGCACAAGCGACAAUCGAAGGGAGCGGUGACUCGUCCCCUCUUCCGGCAUCGCCACCGCGGCAGUUCAAGAGAGGUCUCAACUUUAGGUCGCCCAGAACUAAUGCUGAUCAGAGUGGGAAGAUCGUCUAUGCAAACAAGGCGAUUUCUAGAUGGUUGGCUGUUGGUUUGGAUGAUGAUGGAGAUCAUCUUCCUUCUGGGGUCUUUCUCAAGCCGGUCUCGGUUGAGGCUAUUGAAAGGAGAUCAGGAGAGAAACUAGCCUUAGCCAAAAAUUGUAUGGCCAAUGAAGAGGAUGAAACCGGUUGGGACCAUAGCAAGAAACCUUGGGUACAGAUAGCUGAAACUGUGAUGCCUGAUUUAGUUUCUUCAUUUGAAGUUGUGAAAAGUGAGAUGGAGGGUCAGAGCAUGGAAGAAAUAAAACCCACACUGGUUGCUAGAUUCGGAAAAAUUCUUUUUUAUGGGAGUCCUUCUUUUCCAGUGGAAACUUGUGGUGAAAUGAAUACAGAGACCUCCUUGAGACAGUUGAAAAGAUCAUUUUACACAAAUAUUCCCUCCUCUUUUGUGGAAAAUGUGACUCUUAGAAUUGUCCCAGAGAUUGGCCUUAGUUUUGAAGAGGAAAAGGAUAUAUAUCAAGUCAAGUUAUCUGAUAAGUCCAGGCCAGAUUCGACCAUCACCUGCAAAUGCAGUGUAUCUAAGGCAGAGCAGAGGCUCGAACUCUAUAAGGUCGAAUUAAACCAGGUGCGACACAUGGUGGUUGAUGUAUCAUGCCUCAAUAAGGAUCUGGACAUGAGGUUGAUGCUAUGCACCAAGAGAAUCUUGACAGAUAUUAGCGAAAAGGAAAAGGACAGCAUUAGGGAUUUGAUUACUUCUGCUGUUAUAGAUUCUAGUGUUAAAGGGGGUUUAAGAUGGCCUCUGGGAAAGGAAUCUUCUGGAGACAGAUACAGCAUUGUUGGAGUUUGGCAUACAAUCUCUAAAACUUAUAAGAAUUCAUCCAUGAGGCUGAAGGUGAGACAUGCGGAUCGGUUUGAUUUUAAGAUUUCCCAUGGGGAAGUGACUGAAGAAACUGUCCUGAAGUUGAAAGGCAUAACUUCUGAAUUGCAUGGACAGGGUCUGGAAACUGAUUUAACCUCUGAUAUGCUUAAAGAUGCAGUAAAGAUGAUAUGGGAGCACUUCUUAUCUUGUGGAAAUACAGUCAUUUAAAUUGGCAUCUAUUUCUCAGAGAGAGAGAGAGAGAGUAAAUGAAACUCAUGGUUAUUGUGUGUGUGUGUGUGUGUGUGUGUGUGUGAGAGAGAGAGAGAGAGAGUAAACGAAACUCAUGGUUAUUGUGUGAUUUUGUGGUGUGAGAAUUGUCGAACUCCUAACUGAGAAUGUAUGUAAGGGCUCAAAAACACGGGCCUGGUGCCCUUUUUUGGCCUUGUGGGAUUGAAUUUAUAUUAUCUCCCUGGAUAUAUGUAUCCUCUAGCAAUAUGCUGAAAUAUGGGAUCUUUUUAAUUAUAGAGAUUUGAUGAGUACCGCAUCUUAUGAAUGCACAGUUAUAUGAAUCUCAGGAGUAUUGUA